CAUUACAACACACAACUUGAAUAAUAAAAGAAAAAAAAAGAAGGAGAAGAAGAAGAAGACUUUAGAGCUUUCUUUGCCUCUCUGCAACCUUCCCCUUUCUCUCUCUCUCUCUCUUUUAUAAUAAAACAACCACCUUAGAUCUAACCCUAACCUUCUCCCCUCACCAAUUCCCAGAAUAAUGGAAGUACCGUCGACGAGUCAACAGGAGUUUGAGUACCUGUUCAAGUUGUUGUUAAUUGGGGAUUCUGGUGUGGGAAAGAGUACUCUGCUUUUGAGUUUCACGUCCAAGAAUUUUGAGGAUCUUUCUCCUACCAUUGGUGUGGAUUUUAAAGUAAAGCAUGUCACCAUAGGUGGGAAAAAGUUGAAGCUUGCUAUCUGGGACACAGCUGGACAAGAGAGGUUUAGAACUCUAACUAGUUCUUAUUACAGAGGAGCUCAAGGGAUAAUUAUGGUGUAUGAUGUAACACGACGAGAAACAUUUACAAAUCUAUCUGAAAUAUGGGCAAAGGAAAUUGAUUUGUACUCAACAAAUCAGGAUUGCAUCAAGAUGCUUGUUGGAAACAAAGUCGAUAAGGAGAGCGAAAGGGUUGUCACCAAAAAAGAGGGUAUUGACUUUGCUAGGGAAUAUGGAUGCCUCUUCCUUGAAUGUAGUGCAAAAACUAGAGUCAAUGUGGAGCAAUGCUUCGAGGAACUUGUUUUAAAGAUUUUGGAAACGCCUAGUCUGUUGGCUGAAGGCUCUAGUGGUGUGAAAAAGAACGUCUUUAAACAGAAGCCUCCAGAGGAUGUUACAACCAGUAGUUGUUGCUCAUGGAUUCUUCUUCAACUUAAAAUCAUCCAUACGCCACUCUACCCACAGUCCAUCAUCUGCCUUUACUUUUCUUAUAAGUCAACUAUUCCAAGUUUCCAACCAAUCAACCUGACGGACUCCACUUCUCCUCCUUCCCCAGUCGGGGAUGACGUCGACGCCCAGCCUCCACUACCUUCUCCACCACCACAUCACCAAUCACAAUCAGAAUCAACUUCUCUAAGCUCAAAUACUAUUAUGAUCUCUGGUAGAGAUCCCGAUGCCCUUUUCAGCGGCGGUGGCAUCAGCUUUCUUAAUGGAAGCGGUGGUGCUCAAUUUAGUUAUGGAUAUUCGAGUUUUAAGGGUAAAAGAGCUUCCAUGGAGGAUUUCUAUGAGACAAGUAUUUCUGAAGUUGAUGGUCAAAUGGUUGCCUUCUUCGGUGUUUUUGAUGGCCAUGGAGGUGCUAGAACUGCAGAAUAUCUGAAAAAUAACCUUUUCAAGAAUUUAAGCAGCCACCCUGAUUUUAUCAGAGACACAAAGACAGCAAUUGUUGAAGCAUUUAGGCAGACUGAUGCAGAAUACCUCCAUGAAGAAAAGGCCCAUCAAAAAGAUGCUGGGUCAACUGCGUCAACUGCUGUUCUUCUAGGGGACCGGUUGCUUGUUGCUAAUGUUGGCGAUUCUCGGGUUGUUGCCUGUAGAGCUGGUUCAGCUAUUCCAUUGUCUAUUGAUCAUAAACCUGAUAGAUCUGAUGAACGCCAAAGGAUCGAAGAGGCUGGAGGUUUUGUUGUGUGGGCAGGAACAUGGCGGGUGGGUGGCGUGCUUGCUGUUUCUCGCGCAUUUGGGGAUAAGCUACUUAAGCCAUAUGUUGUUGCUGAGCCAGAAAUUCAGGAAGAAGAAAUUGAUGGUGUAGAAUUUAUAAUUGUUGCAAGCGAUGGGCUAUGGAAUGUCCUAACAAAUAAGGAUGCAGUAGCACUAGUGCAAGAUAUAACAGAUGCAGAAGCAGCUUCAAGAAAACUAAUACAAGAAGCUUAUGCACGUGGGAGCACUGACAACAUUACCUGCGUUGUCGUCCGAUUUGAUUGGUCACCUGUGUCGUCAUCUGAUUUGUCAUCGUCGUCCGAUUCCAGAACUCAUGAGCAGGCACAUCAAGAUCCAAAGUUAUCACAGUGAUGACAACCUUAUAUUUAUACCCAUGAUCAAAUAGUUUAGCCCGUCUUUGUUUAUUUUGUUGAUUUAAUAGCCAUUAAGUAGCAUCGCAGACAGAAAGAAAAAAGUUUCUACCAGCGCAUUUUUUAGCCGUUCGUUUGGAUAGAGAUUAGUCGAACACUGUUACAGGCUAGCGGCUGAAUUUUCUAGUUGAUUAUCUUUAUUGAUGUAUUAGUACACGUCUGGCUCUGUUGCGGGUUUCUUGCUGUAAGCUACCUUAACGUCAGAAAUUGACCUUGUCAGGGAGUUCUUAAUUAUUCCAAGAGGACUUCGCGCUUAGCAGGGCCGAAUGCAAUAUAGUGACGGGGGCUAUUCUAGCAUCUUUUUU